AUGACCGAGAAGCAGGAGAAGCGCGAACAGCCCAGCGACAGCGGCAGCCGAACGCCCUCGUCGGACGACAGCAGUCGCGCCGUCGACCAGAAAUUAAAGUCUCCCUCAGGUUUGAUGGGCAUGUUUGCCAAGAUGGGUAACCUGCCAGAGUGGGGAUUUCGUGGGAAGCGCCUCGAGGGCAAGUUACUCAACUGGAGUAUCGGAUUCAUUGCGUCCUGUGGAUUCCUGAUGUUUGGUUAUGAUCAAGGUGUCCUUAGCUCGCUUCUCACUCUCGACGACUUCCAGAGGAGCAUCACCUUGAUGACGCCCCUGGACCAGUCAAACGCUCUAUGCUGGCUCGAUUACCCCGAGAAUACCCAGCGGGACUACAGUCAGUGCACCGGCGACCCAAACACGCAGGCCGCGGCUAUUGCCGUCUAUCAGAUUGGGUGCUUCUUAGGAGCUUUUCUAAUUCUCUUCUACGGAGAGACCUGGGGGCGCAAGUCGUCUACGUUCUGGGGUAGCGCCAUCAUGAUUUUCGGAACGAUUCUGCAGGCUGGGGCUCACGAAUACGGUCUGUUCUCCGCCGGCAGAAUUAUUGGUGGUGUUGGAAAUGGCAUGGUCACAUCAACUAUUCCAACAUGGCAAUCUGAAUGCGCCCGCCCUCAUCAACGUGGAUUUCUCAUUACCCUCUCCGGCGCUCUCAUCUCUGGUGGCAUCAUGAUCGCAUACUGGGAUUAUGGAUUUUACUUCCUCGAAGGCACCAUCCGCUGGCGAUUUCCCGUAGCGUUCCAGUCAUUUUUCACCAUCAUCGUCAUGAUCGGACUCCUCUACCUCCCCGACUCGCCCCGUUGGCUGGCCAUGAAGGGCCGUAUGGAAGAAGCUCGCGAAGUGACAUCUCGCCUGCUCGGGAAGCCCAUCGAUGACGAGGAAGUAACUCUCGAAGUCAAGGCCAUCCAGGAAGCCCUCGAGGUCCAGAGCCAAGGGGGAGGCUUCAAGUACAAAGAACUCCUGACCAACGGGCCUUCGCAAAAUUUGAGGAGGACUUUGCUCGGCAUUGCUGCACAAUUCUUCCAGCAGAUCUGCGGUAUCAAUCUAAUUACUUACUACGCUGGCUUUUUGUUCGAGAAUUCCCUGGGUUUCGGUCCGGAACUAUCCCGACUUCUUGCCGCUCUUAACGGCACCGAGUACUUCUUGGCUUCACUCGUUGCUCUACCGCUAAUUGAGCGAACCGGUCGACGCAAGCUCAUGUUAUUCGGCGCAUUCGGCAUGAUGGCGUCAAUGGCAAUCCUGGCUGGCACUGUUUCGACAGGCACAGUUGCCGAAAAUGGAGCCCCCAAUCUCGAGACUCGCUACGGAGUUACCGCGACAGUCUUCCUCUUUGUCUUUAACUCCUUCUUCGCCAUCGGCUGGCUCGGAAUGACUUGGCUCUACCCCGCCGAAAUCACGAACCUCCGAAUCCGCAUCCAAGCCAACGCCCUAUCCACCUGCUCCAACUGGCUUUCCAAUUUCCUGAUUGUCAUGAUCACGCCUCCUGCCUUUGCCAACUUGGGAUACCAGACAUAUGUCAUGUUUGCGGUCUUCAACGCCGCCAUCAUCCCCUGCGUGUACCUCUUCUUCCCGGAACCCAAAGGACGGAGUUUGGAGGAGCUUGAUGUUAUCUUCGCCAGCGCCCAUGCUGACAAGGUUAAUCCCGUCAAACGGGCCAUGGAGAUGCGCCACGUCGAGGGCAGAGAGCUUGAGAAUGAGUUGGAAAAGUAUUUUGGCUCAAGUGAGAUGGUUGAGGAUGCUCGUCCUAUGAUGCACUGA